AUGUCGGCCGACAAGAUUACCCGUAUUGCCAUCGUCGACUCCAAUCGCUGCAAGCCAAAGAGAUGCGCCCAGGAGUGCAAAAAGUCAUGCCCUGUCGUUAAAAUGGGGAAAUUAUGUAUCGAAGUGAAGUCUUCAGACAAGAUCGCCUUCAUCUCAGAAUUUCUGUGCAUCGGUUGUGGUAUUUGCGUGAAGAAAUGCCCUUUCGAAGCUAUCGCUAUUAUCAAUCUGCCAACGAAUUUAGAAUCCCAAGUCACACAUCGAUACACCGCCAACUCUUUCAAGCUUCAUCGCCUACCUACACCACGACCAGGUCAAGUUCUUGGUCUCGUUGGAACCAAUGGUAUCGGGAAGAGCACGGCGCUGAAAAUCUUGGCUGGUAAACUGAAGCCAAACCUAGGACGAUAUGAUGACCCUCCGGACUGGCAGGAAAUCUUAAAAUACUUUCGUGGCUCCGAGCUUCAAAACUACUUCACCAAGGUCCUCGAAGACAACUUGAAGGCGUUGAUCAAGCCCCAAUACGUCGAUCACAUCCCAAAAGCCCUCAAAGGAAAAAUGACAGUCUCGCAAAUGCUCGACUCCAAGCUUGAACUUGACAACAAACAGAAGAUGUGUGAUGAGCUUGAGCUAACUCAUGUGUUGGACCGAGAUAUCACGAAUUUAUCCGGUGGUGAGCUACAACGAUUCGCCAUCGCCAUGACGUGCAUCCAGAAGGCAGACGUCUACAUGUUCGAUGAACCAUCGAGUUAUCUGGAUAUCAAGCAACGCCUUAAAGCUGCUGAGGUUAUCCGCUCGCUGCUAACUCCCGAUUGUUACGUCGUGGCUGUAGAACACGAUCUGUCUGUGCUGGACUACCUUUCCGACUUCAUCUGUUGUCUUUAUGGCAAGCCGUCGAUGUAUGGUGUCGUGACAAUGCCUUCAUCAGUCAGAGAAGGUAUCAAUAUCUUUCUCGACGGUUUCAUCCCAACGGAAAACUUGCGGUUCCGCGAAGAAUCACUGUCAUUCAAGAUGGUUGAAACAGCUGAGGAGGUUAUUGUCGACAAAACACGACAUUACUCUUACCCCGCCAUGACGAAGACACUCGGCAGCUUCAAGCUGACAGUUGAGGCUGGUUCCUUCACUGAUUCUGAGAUCAUCGUCAUGUUGGGCGAAAACGGGACAGGAAAGACGACCUUCGUUCGACUGCUUGCGGGAGACACUCCCGAUGUCGAGACAGACAAGCAGACGCUCUCAGUCAGCUUGAAGCCCCAGACAAUCUCGCCCAAGUUCCCCGGCACCGUUCGCAUGCUCCUCCUGAAGCAGAUCAAACAGGCAUUCAUGCACCCGCAGUUCCAGACGGACGUGCUCAAGCCAAUGAGCCUUGACAACAUCAUGGAUCAGGAAGUAAAGACCCUCUCGGGAGGAGAGUUACAGCGAGUGGCGAUCGUGCUUGCUCUUGGCAAGCCCAAUGUGUCUGUUUACCUCCUCGAUGAACCAAGCUCUUUCCUCGAUUCCGAGCAGCGUAUUAUCGCGUCGAAGGUUAUCAAACGCUUCAUCCUCCACGCAAAGAAGACCGCGUUCGUCAUUGAACACGACUUCAUCAUGGCCACGUAUCUUGCAGAUCGCGUCAUUGUGUUUGAAGGCCAGCCUGCACGGGCUGCGACUGCCACUCCACCACAAUCCCUCCUGACUGGAAUGAACCGGUUCCUCGCCUCGCUCGAGAUUACCUUCCGGCGUGACCCCACCAACUUCCGACCACGCGUCAACAAGCUCAAUAGUAUCAAGGACCGAGAGCAGAAGGCUGCGGGCAACUAUUUCUUCCUUGAAGAUUAA